AUGGCAGCGACGACCUCAGACUUGCCACAGCCACCGCUGGCAGAGGCGGAUGCUACGGAUAUCAUGGAUCUUCUCCGGCGAGCUACUGCAGACAUGACCACUGACGAGCUGCUAACCAGCGACAACUUCACUUUUUACAAAGCUUUGACCUCGGUCGAGCUUGGCGACCCCCGUACCGAUGCCGGCUGCAGCCAGCUUCUUCCCGAAAAUGAGUGCAGCAUCUCCCUCGAGGACGCACUAUCGGCUGGCCUUCCCGUUGGAGAGUUCACUCCGCGUCAAUACACCUACAUCGCAGCGCGAAUCCUUCAAGCCUAUCUGGCUUGGCUCCGAGGCAAUGCCCUACCCGUCACCAUCAUGAACUGCAUGUACCUCGUCAAUGCUUCGUGUCUCGAGGAUCGCUCGAUGAAGCUCCUCUGCAGUGCUGCCGUUCGGCUUGUCAUGCUGACCGUCGAGACUGCACGCCAGACAGGCAUUCACUCGGAGGAAGAUUUCAACCCUCAGCUUCAUGGGAUCAAUGCUGCUCACAUCAGCAAGAAAACGACUGCUCAAUUUCUGCGAGCUUUGGCGAGUCAAACGGACAAAACCUUCCCGACUGAUGAUUCUUCGGACGGCCGCUUGCUUCUGCUCAUCCUACGCACGCUUGGCUUGCUCUUGGACCUGAUGGAAACCAUCCAUGCACCUGCGGACCUCAAAGUGCUUGAAUCAUGCCUGCAAAAGCUGGAUGAUUUGGUCAAGGAACUCUUGACACUGGCCAAUCACCUUGAACAUGUGCUACAAGACUCUGGCUUUCAACAAGCUCCCAAAGCCCAGCCAUGGCAGGACCAUGCUUUUCAGCACCUUCAAGCCAGCGGCCCCACACGCCAGCUCGACUCACUCACGGCAAUCCAGGGACUUGAACGUUUACGUAAUGACAUUGGUGUCAUUCGUGACACGGUCGCUCAAUUUGAGACUUCAGGCGAAACCCUGUCAAAUAUCAUGCUGAGUCUCGAAGGCUUUCGUCAACGCCAGGCCAAUUUUUUUGCCCGCAUGUUUAUCCGGCAAAUCGUGCUGCCCAGCGAUGAGCGCAAGCUUUUUGGCCGCUUGGACCUCAGUCGUCAGGUACACGAAGCCAUCGUCAGUUUCAAUGGCGCCUGGUGCCUUGUCCAUAAGACAGACCUGUCUGAGGAGGCGCAACUGGCCGUUCAAACCUUCUUGGCGGAAGCAGUCGAAACAACCAUGGCCAAGAUUAACCUCUGCUGCGAAAACGGAGGGCGCCAGCAUCGCCGCCUUGCCAAAUUCCCUUUUAAGCUGCAAGCUCUGUAUGCUCGCGCCACCUUGACAGAUGCCACCUGCCGGCACCAUCAGCCCAGCUCCGUUGAUGCCAACCUAGCGGUGUUCUGCAACAAGUAUAUGCUCUCACCGCAUGCGCCCUCUUCUUUCCCCUUCCCUCAGGUGGAUCCGCACGCUUUGUCGGUGUGGGUCGGGUGGCGAUCUGCUGUCUGGGGCAUUGACUUUUUGCGUGCUGGCCUGCUUCUGAAUCUCUAUCAGCAACAUGAGCUCAAGAUGGUCUACUGGUACAUGGAGUACAUGUCGCGCUGGACCUCGCAAUGCUUCAGCAAGGCCUUUCGCAGUCUUCAGGUGCAAGCAGAAGCCAAGGGCAAGGGCAAGAGCAAGAAGAAGCAUCAACCCAAGGCCGUUUCUCCGACCAUGCAAUGGCACGUUUAUGAUUGCAUCUUUGGCCUGGCGCGAGCAAGUGUACUCAUCCUACACGCCGCGGGCAAGGCUGGACGCUUGCAUGCCUUCAACACAGAUUUCAUUAACGAACAAUGCCUGUUUUCGCACCGCUUUGCACCCUUUGGUAUUUUGGAAAUGCCUCCGCCGGGCUACUACACCACAUACACGGAGGAGUUGACGGCCAUGGACAAGCUUGACGUGCCAGAACUCUUUGAUGAAGCGAUCAAGACCUAUAAGGGUGUGAUGGCCUCCAUUGAUGCCAUCUUGGAUCAGCAAAAGCCCGAUCCCUACCCGACAUCUGCUGUGCGUCCCCUGCCUUGCUGUCGCGGCCCGCACGGCUGA